AGUCCGCUAACGACCUGAAACCGGAAGCUGAACACAUUGGAGGCACGAGUGUCAUCAUGGCUGACGAAGAGUCGCCGAAGCAGAUAAGCUUGGUGGUGAAAACAGCGAAAGAGAAGAAAGUAGUGAAGGUUUCUGAGUCGGCUUCGGUCAAAGAGCUGAAGGAGCAGGUGGCCAAGGAAUUCAGUGCUCCCCUGGAGCAGCUUUGCCUCAUAUUUGCUGGGAAAAUUCUGAAGGACAAUGAAACCAUCUCCACGCACAACAUAAAGGAUGGCCUGACUGUUCAUCUCGUGAUUAGGUCUCCGGCCUCGGCAAGGGGAGAUGAUGGGAGAAGACCGGACGAGCCCAGCUCGGGUACCCAGCCAUCUGGUGUGCCUCCAAACCCGUUUGGUGCUGGUGGAUUGGGGGGUCUCCCGGGCCUGUCGGGGCUCAACCUGGGCUCCGGUACCUUUGUGGAGAUGCAGCAGCGCAUGCAGAGAGAGCUUGUAAGCAACCCCGACCUCCUGCGGCAGCUGAUGGAAAAUCCAUUUGUCCAGUCGCUCAUGUCAAAUCCGGACUACAUGAGGCAGCUCAUAGUCGGCAACCCUCAGAUGCAGCAACUCAUGGAGAGAAACCCCGAAAUAAACCACCUACUGAACAACCCCGAGAUGCUUCGGCAGACGAUGGAGAUGGUGCGGAACCCGUCAAUGCUGCAGGAGCUGAUGCGCACCCAGGACCGAGCUAUCAGCAACCUUGAGAGUGCUCCGGGUGGCUACAAUGCCCUGAGACGCAUGUACACGGAGCUGCAGGAGCCCAUGAUGAACGCAGCGCAGGAACAGUUUGGCGGAAACCCGUUUGCAUCGUUGCUUGAAAACAGUGCGCAGGCAGGCAGUGCGCCCCAAGGUCAGUCGCAGUCAUCGCAAGGAACGGAGAACCGCAACCCGCUACCCAACCCAUGGGCACCCGGCGGUGGCUCUGCGGGAAGUGGUGGCAGCACAGGCACAGCUGAUGGUGGCAGCACCACAGGGAGCACUGGCAGUGGCCUGGGAACGAGUAGCAUGUUCGGCACGCCCGGGAUGCAGAGUGUCAUGCGGCAGCUGGCUGAGGACCCAAGCCUCAUGCAGAACAUGAUGACUGCGCCCUACAUGCAGAACAUGCUUCAGGUGAUGGCCGCCAACCCGGACAUGGCAAGCCAGGUGCUUGCAACGAACCCUCUGCUGGCUGACAACCCCCAGCUGCAGGAACAGAUGCGGCGGAUGAUGCCACAGUUCUUACAGCAGUUGCAAAACCCAGAGGUGCAGGGACUCAUCACCAACCCGCAGGCCCUGCAGGCCAUGAUGCAGAUCCAACAGGGAAUGGAGCAGCUGCAUCGCGUGGCCCCCUCCAUGUUCCCCGCUGGAGCGGCUGCCGGCUUAGGCCCCGGACUGGGUGCUGGUCUGGGUGCAGCGGUGCCGGGCACCACCACCUCGGCGAGCUCGACUACCACCACUGGUGCAACCACCACUGGCCAGACUGCAGCAGGAACGAACACCACUUCUACUACCACCAGUACCACUGGUACCGCCACCACCACCACCACCACUACGAACAGCACCACCAGUGGAACCGCCCCUCAAGGCCUAGACCCCCUCAGCCAGCUCAUGGCACGCAUGAUCACUACCAUGGCCACGCAACAAGCAGGCAACAAUCAGCCACCUGAGGAACGGUAUCGGUCGCAGCUGGAGCAGCUAGUUAGCAUGGGCUUUGUCAACCGAGAAGCCAAUCUGCAAGCCCUAAUUGCCACGUUUGGGGACGUCAACGCCGCAGUGGAGAGGUUGCUGCAGUCACAGUGAAGCAACUUAAGCAGCUGCUGCGGAAGAGGAGGACAGAGUGCGCUGCGGGUGCUGUGAAGGACUGGUGGGGCAGGGAUCAACCAAGUGUGAGAGCAACAGUGGUGGGCCGAGCUUUGCAGCCAAGCAGCAGCUGUCUGUGUUCGAGGGGGUGCGUGAAAUGAUGAGGAGGUUGAUAAGGAAGGGAGAGGAGGGACCCCCAGAGAGCAUCCCCCCCCCUUUUUUUUAAAUUUCUCUCAUUCAUUUGACUCAGGGGGUCGCACAUGCACCUCUCUCUCUCUCUCACUCACUCUCCUCAUUUUGUAUACAUAUAUAAAUAACUGUUUGCACGUCCAGUAUCUGCCACUCGACGAGAAGAGGACCAGUGUGGUGACAGUGGGCAUGCAGGUGUUGCGCACUUCUGCGAAUCAGCUGGCCACGCCCUCCUGUCUACUGCUUGAAUAUAUUUUUUUUCCGAAAGUGGCAAACGGAGAAAUUAAACUAGAGGCAACAAGUAGUUGAAGAUACCGAUAAGCGCGCGUGCUUUGGUACAUUUGUUGUGCCCAAGGCAGUGGCAUUUAGGGAUUGCUGACAAGUGCGUGUGCAGGUGUGUACAUUAAUUUUCUUGUUUGUUUCUUUUGUUUUCUAUAUUUGUUGUUUAUUUUUCGGACAUUCUGAAAAUACUUUCAUAGGAAAUAAAAGCAGUUCAUGCAGAGGACAAUAAAUAGCCUCUGCAUUGUGGGUCUUUUUUUUUCUUCUUGUUUUGUCUAUUGUGCUAGUUUUGUUAAGAUGAAGUGACUGUGCAGACAGAUGGCAAUGUUUUGCUGAUAGAAAGAAUUAAAUUACUUUCCAUUACGGUG